AUGAGAGUUGAAGGCGGUUACCACUUGACUAAAGUUGUUUGGUAAAUAAAAAUAUCAUUAAAGUUAGGAAUAAUUAAAUCAAUAAAACGAGUUUAAAGUAAAAUUUGAAGUCCAGAACGUUAAAUUAAUGA